GUCUCAAAAAAAAAAAAAAAAAAAAAAAAAACAAUCGCAAUAUAGCGCGAGGAAAUGGGAACACCACCUCAAUGCAUUCAAGAACCAACUAUGGAGUUUGGGUGCUCCGAUUUGAAUCUCUGGCAAGAAGCCCUAUCUGCUUAUCCUUCCCGCAUACAAUCUCUCAACAAACCCCAUUUGGUUUCGCUAGAUGACUAUUACCGCAACGAACUCCCACCUCUCCUCCACCAACGAAAACCUAAUCCUUACAUCACCACCUCCGAGCUCUCAAAGCUCAUGCAGUGGAAACUUACCCGUGGAAAAUGGAGGCCGCGUCUGUUGGAUUUUGUUUCGGGUUUGGACGAUGACCUGGUAAAAUCAGCAUCGGAAAAGGGGUUUCAAUCUCUCCCCAAUGUAUCGAAAGCUCUAUCUGAGCUUACGGUGCUCAAAGGCGUGGGUCCAGCCACGGCUUCUGCAAUCCUUGCAGCUUACGCCCCUGAUGUUGCGCCAUUCAUGUCAGAUGAGGCUAUGGAGGCAGCUUUGGGAAACUCUAAAGAUUACUCGGCGAAGCAAUAUCUGUUGUUUGCAAAUAAAUUACAGACCAAAGCAAAGGAGUUGAGUUCAGGAGAAGAGAGCUUCACACCAUCAGACGUGGAAAGAGCUUUAUGGAGCUCUGUUGUAGCGGAAAAGAUGCUAUCUUCACAGUCAAAGUCUAAUGAAAAUUUGUCUGUCAAAGGCAUUUUCUAUUGUCAAGAUUUUCUUACACUUUACGUCCUUAACACACGAGGCUUCUGCUGCUAAUAAUAAUGGUUUUAGAGAUGAGACCGUCUUUGUUGGGUUAUUUUUUUGUUUUCCUUCUUUCUCUAAGCUACUAUGUAAUUUGGCCUGUGAGAAGGAAGAAUGUUACAGCAAGGAAAAGAAAUAAUGAAAUAGAGAAAGUAUAUCUGAGAAAAUAUUCUGAGGAUAUCUAAAUGAAAAACAACAACAAAUGGAUGCUCUUUUUCUUAAAGAGAAGAAGAUAAUAAGAAAAAAGCUUACUUUUGUCUAAAAA